AUGGAACACAGAAGAUUGCGCAAAGGGCCGCUGCCUGGAGGUCGCCAGGGCGCGUCUGGAGCUGGCGCUGGACGCAACAGCAUGCGAACCGCCAGCCAAGUGCGAGGUGCUGCACGACCACCCAGCAGCCCCUCGCAUCCAUCACCCCCACCAGCUGGCUUGGUGUCGGCAGGGUCUUCGCGGGCCCAGCAUUCGGCACCUGCCACUGGUGGAGCACGCCGCAUCCGUUGGACAACUCAAAUGAACAGCAACGCAUUGCGGGCGUAUAUUAGGGUGAAAGGGGGAGAAAUUGGAGGUUUUGCGUAUCGGGCAAGGAUUUAUCGACUUUUUGCUGAGCUGGAGCCAUCUUUUACCGUCACCGAGCAAAACCUGGCAGACCGAGUUCGGUAUAUCUUGCGCUCAAAUACAUUUGAUGUCACCGAACUCGAAUGGCUACGACGUGAGGCUGAUCCUUCAUCGGAUGAAAAUGCUACGGCAGAGGAUGCGGCGCCACAACUUGCAGAGCAACCGGCAAACGUGGAUGCCGCCGUGAAUACCCCAGUUUUGGUUGAUUCAAACGAUGAUGGAACAGUCCCCAGUAACUGGAACUGGAGCAAAUGA